AUGAAGGUACGAGGUUUUAUUAAGCGUUGCCCUGUGAUAAUUCUGUUAGAUUCUGGCAGUUCCCAUAAUUUCAUUGAUGCUACUUUCGUCAAGCUAUUGGGUUGGCACCUCGAUCCUUUUAACGUAUUUGAUGUGAUGAUCGCGAAUGGGGGAAAAUUGUCUAGUAAAGGGUGUUGCCCUAAUGUUUCUCUUAAGAUUCAAGAAUGUGCAUACACCACAGAUUUAUUUGCCAUUCCUUUUGGUGGGUGUGAUGUGGUCUUAGGUGCUCAAAAGCUCAUUACUCUUGGUCCGAUCUUAUGGGAUUUCAAGAAUCAUCGAAUGGAGUUCACUGUGGGAGACCAAAGUUUUUGUCUUUCCAAUACUAAGCCUCAGACGAAUGAUGGCGAAUAG